AGCUACUCCUGCCCGAACCAAAAAGAAGAAUUUCAAAGGCUUUUCUCGCAGACAGAGCUCCCAGAAGUAUGGCCAUGGCUACGUCGUCGUUUCAUUGCGCGGCUAUGCUAUCCAGAAACUCUGUAACGCCACGACAGGGCUCUUUCAGCGUCAGAUCGAGCAUCGCUUGGCAAUCAAUUUCAUUUUAUCCGCGCGUACAGUCGCUCCCGGUGUCUCAGCCCAUCUCACCUGCGGUGAUCGUCUCCGCAACCGGCGGCACCGUGGAAUCUGAACCUCGAACUAGCGCCGCUACUGCUUCAAAGACGCUACCCUUCAGAGUAGGGCACGGUUUCGAUCUACACCGUUUGGAGCCAGGAUAUCCGCUUAUUAUUGGCGGGAUAAACAUUCCUCACGAUAGAGGCUGUGAAGCUCACUCCGACGGUGAUGUGCUACUUCAUUGUGUUGUUGAUGCAAUUUUGGGUGCUUUGGGGCUUCCGGACAUUGGCCAGAUUUUUCCGGACACAGACCCUAAGUGGAAAGGCGCGCCAUCAUCUCUUUUCAUCAAAGAAGCUGUGCGGCUGAUGCACGAUGCUGGUUAUGAACUUGGGAAUUUGGACUCCACUUUGAUACUGCAAAAACCAAAGCAAUAACUCAUUGAUAAUGGAAUCAAUGCAAAGGAAAUCAAGCUGCUCUAUGACAACACCAAUGCUAUUGCUAUCACCCAGAACUCAGUGCUCCACUCCAGAACCAAGCAUGUUGAGCACUUCAAGAUCACAAGGAUGCUUCGGGAAAUAGAAGAACACCUACAACUUAGAAGAGACAUUAGGUAAUUCGAGCAUUCCUUAGGGAUUAGAAGACCGUUCUUUGAAUCACAAAGAUGAUCUAAGCUUCAGCGACAUCCGAUCACAAAGGGGGAGAUUCUUAGAGAAAGUUAAAUUGUGAUCGAUGUAUUUUAAUUUUAUCUCUGUGAUGUACAGCUAUCUAUUAGACUAGUACCAUCUUAUUAUCAUGUAAUAAAGUAGUAUAGAUAUUAGAUGGAUUGGGCCACAUUGUUUACUACCUUAGGCUAUUUAGGGGGUGUUUGGAAUCGAUUCUACUUCUACUUCUUUUUUAAAGAAGAAGUAGAAUCAGAAUCAGUUUUCAGAAGCUCGUCACCCUCAGCUUCUAAAAAAUGAUUCUAGGAGUAAAUUAGAGCACCAGAAUCACUUCUGCACUUUCACCCAAACAUUGCAAUUUCUGCUUCUGCUCUUUGAAGGAGCAGAAUCAGUUUUAAGAAUCAGAUCCAAACACCCCUUAUAGCCUUAGUAGUGUGUGAGGAAUGUUGGAUUUGGGUCCUAAACAAUGUGGCCCAAUCCAUCUAAUAUCUAUACUACUUUAAAAUAUCAAUUAUAGAACUUUGUCC